AUUUAAAAAAAAUGAUGAAGAAAACUAGUACAUAGAAUUUCUAAACCUACAAAUUGAAAGCAAAAUUCUAAUUGAAUAGCAUCUGUUGCUCCUAGUUGCUGCAUAUUUCUAAUACAUUCAUCAAGUUGAUUGUUUUCUCCGUUGCCCCCUGCAUCAAGAUGGCUGUUGAAUACUAUGAUUUUGGGCCUCACAAGAUCCACCAUAGUUCAGUGUUCUAUACAAGUAAUCUUUCUUUUGCCUUUGUCAACCUGCGUCCUGCUGUGACAGGUCAUGUGCUUGUCUGUUCAAAGCGCGAAGUGAAGCGUGUUGCUGAUCUCACAGAUGAUGAGACAGUAGAUUUAUGGCUCAUAGCAAAGAAACUUGGUAGGCAGCUAGAGAGCUACCAUAAGGCUUCAUCACUUACAUUUUGUAUCCAAGAUGGACCUCAAGCAGGGCAAUCAGUGCCUCAUGUUCAUAUCCAUAUCCUUCCCCGGAAAAGUGGUGAUUAUGAGAACAAUGAUGACAUUUAUGAUGAUAUAAAUGAAAAAGAGAAAGAGUUGAAUCGAGCACUUAAGGUGGAUAUAGAAAGGAAAGACAGGAGCAUUCAAGAAAUGGCUCUUGAGGCUGAUGAAUACAGAAAAUUUGUCUUUUGACAUUUUUAAGUGGCACUUUAAAUAAAAUAGGAAGGUUACAAAAAGAAAAUCUAGAUAAAAAGGUUGAUAAUAAGGGAACAGAAUUUGAUGAUUCUGUGUUUCAUAACAUUUUCAUUGUAUCAGGAGUUCUCAAGAAAACGCUGUCUGUUUGGAGUUUCCCCUUUUGUUCUUCUGCCUAUUUGGACAUUUCAUGUACUUCGCCGUGAUCAAUCAAGAACUUAUCUUUUGCUUUGGAAAUUUGUGUUGCACACUUGCACUGAACCUUAAAGAAGUUGUUGGAUAAUUUGAUUCAAGUAAUUUGGAAACUAGUAUAUUUAAUAUUUA